UGGGGUGCCAUAAAUGUAUGUACAGUAGGAGACACUGGUAGUACUGCAUCACGAUGCCAUUUUUAACUCACAGAGAAAAUUAAGCAGAUAGAUAAUAGGCAAGACUAGGAAUUAGUACUAGUGAAGGCUGUUAAAAAUUUUUGAAAUGCACAGAAUUGCAGUGGAACUAAAAAUUUCUGCUGACAUUAUAAAACAUUCCACAAAAGAUGUUCCAGUACCUUUGGACGAGCUGGUCAGUACAUACCUGCAACGAAAGCACCCUGCCCUGUCUGAGCUUUCCUCUGAUCGCAUCCGAGGAAUUUGUCGAGCUUGUAUUGAAAACGAUGCGAUUCUUAAUGGAGUUCUGCAGCCAUAUAUUCAAGAGCAGACGGCAACCGCUCUUCGUCGCGAUAGGGCUUUAUUGCAGGUGAUCGCUCAAACUGUUGUAUUUGAUUUCGAAUGCUAUGGCGCAUCAGAACUAGAGAAAGCCCUGAAAGACUUAUAUUCUUUUGCCGUUCGAAAUUUUCUGCUAUUUCUCACAGGACUAUUGUCCAACCGAAACCCCUUUGACGACAUCAUAAAACUCAACUGGUAUCGUUUGUACGAUCGGGAAUACGUGGACGAAAAUUUGUUUGACCCGUAUCGCAAACAUCACCAAGAUGUUCGAAAAAUCGUACAAAAACUGGAAGAUGCAAAAAAGGCGCCGGUGGAUAGCCAGAACAAACGGCAAACCGUGUUUAAACCAUUUUCUUUUAUCCCAUCUAGAAAUGUGCACAGACUUCGUUCAUAUCAAGACGAAUCUCAAAGUCCUAUAUUAUACUACCAAGCAAAAGCCGUUCCGUCCACAACCUAUAAGCCUUCAGACAACACCCUUGCAAUGCAAAGAAGAACAGCGGAACGGGCUAAUCGAAUGCGUCGUUUUAAGCAACGAGUUGAGAAACGCCAACUUUGUCGUAAAAAGGUUGCUUCGCAUGCAAGAAAAUUGCAAACUGAACCUGAGCGUGCACCAACCAGUAAGGUCAUCUUAAAUAUUAAAAAAUACCACAAAAUGAGACGGCCAAGGCGUGAGCACAAGAAAACCGUUAAGCAAACGACUGCUGCAAUUUUGCGUGAGAAAGCCUUCCUUGAAAAGCUCCGUAAGGAAGAGGAGAAGAAUGCCAGAUUCUUGUCGGAAGGAACAGGCAAUACGGAAAUGCACGAAGCUAGAAUUCUGAAAAAAGAAGAAGAUCUCGAAGCCGCGGUAAUAGAGAACGAGAAAAAAAUCCUCGAUGCGAUGCUGUCGUUGGAAAAAGCCAUAGCUGCACGCGAUGUUUUUUUAUGGGAUAUCAAGCGCAGAGCGGCAGCAGAACGGGAAAGUAAGAAAGAAUUUAAGGAGCAAAGACAGGCUGAACUAGAAGAAACCAUAUUGCAAUUACGAACAGCUGUCGAGCAAGCACAGAACGAGUCAAAAAUCCAGCUGGAAAACGCCCGGGAAAAACUUUUGGCACAGAAAAAAAAGAGAGCCAAUCAGGUCAAGCGUGAAAAAAAAGCGUUGUUUGAGAUAUUUAUGCAGGAAUGCGAGGAAGAACGAAUACGCAGGAAAGAAGUUAUUUCAAAAAUUCGAGAAAUGGAAACGAAAAUUUUGACCUAUGAGAAAACGUUCGACUUCAGUACUUUGCCGUCUUUUGGCCAUUUGACGGAUAUGUCUUUGGCAGAUCUAAAGGAUCGCUUAAUAUCUUUACGUUUCGAAAUGUUGGAGCAGUUAGAAAAGAAGAAGCUGCAGAUUUGCAAAGAAAAUAUUAACAUCAAAGAGGCUCUGAAAGAUGCGGUGUAUUUCGUAGAAAAGGAAAGGAUGUACCGAAAAGAACAAAGCGAAAAGGAAACACAAAAGCUUGCUUUCCUUAAGCAACUGCGACAAAAUGCCCGCACCCAUCCAGAAUUUAUGGAAAUAAGGAACACAUUAAUUGAGAAAAGCAGACAGCGUCGAAUAGACAGAACCAGGGAACGAGAAAGUAGAUUAAAACCGCUGAGCAUAAGCGUUGAAAAUGGUGGUGAGGCUCUUCAGAGAUUUGGCUAGCGUGCCCGGUGGAUUACACGAGGUAAGCACUAGGCCAGUUAUAUGGUUGGUACUGGAAUGAUACAUCUGCCUUUGAUCCGCGGCGAAGCACCACCAUCUCAUUUCCUCCACAAAACACUUUGAGAGUUUCCCCUGCCAGUACUUCGUAAACAGUACCGCGUUCGUAUAUUUUGCCGCAUUUAAUAAUCAAUAAGCUUUGCCGCUUCUUUUUCGUUGUUAGUUUGUUACUCUCUUUGUUACUUAGUGUACAAAGAUUGUAUAAUAUGUGGAACAGACCACUUUGUUUGAAGGAUGAUUCAAAAGCUCUUCUGCUAUGUUCUGUAUCUGACUGUUGUGAUACCAAGAAAUUUAUUUCUGACAGCUGUCUCGCAAAAUUAUGUGCUGGUCUGCCAAGCGACACACCGCAUGUUAAAUAUUUUAUGAUACCGAUAGAGAUACCGGUAAAGGUAAAUCGAAGCAACAAGAAAUUA